AUGGCACCGUCGAUUCCCAUCCCAACUCAGGGUGGGAUGUUCCACACCUUUCAAGGAGUUACUCCCCGAAAACAGUCCGUAGACUCUUCAGAGGGCUCCAAGACGAGCUCGAGCAGUGCUGCAAAGCGUAUCACUACACCACAUGCAUGUGCUGAAUGCAAGCGUCGGAAAAUACGGUGUGACGGCCAACAACCGUGUGGGCAAUGCCUCUCAAGCCGAGCACCAAAGCGUUGUUUCUACGACAAGCACCGGCAGCGCGUCAUCCCUUCGAGGAAAACCCUGGAAGCACUAUCACAAUCUCUUGAGGAAUGUCGGGCAAUACUCAAACGCCUCUAUCCAAACCACGAUGUCCAAUCACUGUUGCCUCUAUCACGUCAGGAGUUGCUCAAUGUCUUGGACCGGCCAGGCACAGAUCCAACAACUGGUAUGCCAUCACCACCGAUCCACAGCUCACCGAUUGAGGCUGGACUACAAUCACCGCCCUUGUCCGCCACAGAACAGGGCCUUACUGCCCUGGAGCAGGUGCCAACACGAGACUCGGAAUGGGACGAGGAGCGACGAGGAAGGGACCCGAUCCCGGUCGAAGCGGAUGAUGUGAACGCUCUAUCACUGUCGGUCGAUCGACAAGCUUCCUACCUUGGGGCUUCAUCCAUCAAGGCUGCCCUAAUGGUCAUGCUCAGAGUCCAACCUGGUCUUCGAAACUCACUUACUACGCCUCUGAACAGUGUUGAAAUGACACACAACCUGCCAACCAUGAAACAGAAGACGACAAAUAUGAAGGAGCCGCAACGGGUGCCAUGGUCCUGGAAGGGCCAGACACUCAUUGAUGCAUACUUUAAGAGAGUACAUGUCUUCAUCCCAAUGCUCGAUGAAGCAUCAUUCCGGGCCGAUUACCUGGAAGGCCAAAGAUGCGAUGCGCCCUGGCUCGCCAUUCUCAACAUGGUAUUCGCCAUGGGCAGCAUCGCUGCCAUGAAAUCGGACGACUACAACCACCUCAACUACUACAAUCGGGCCAUGGAGCAUCUCCCGUUAGACGCAUUUGGAAGCAGUCACAUUGAAACUGUCCAGGCACUCGCUUUGAUCGGUGGUUACUACUUGCACUACAUCAACCGCCCCAACAUGGCAAACGCUGUGCUUGGCGCUGCAGUUCGCAUGGCCAGUGCUCUCGGGCUGCACAGGGAGAGCCUCGUCAGUUCUCCAUCUGGCAGCAGCAACGAAGCUGUAGCUGCCGAGACACGACGCCGGACUUGGUGGAGUCUAUUCUGCCUCGAUACCUGGGCCACAACUACAAUGGGCCGGCCGUCCUUUGGUCGAUGGGGCCCGGCCAUCAAUAUUCGAGUACCAGAGCCUGGCAUCAGCUCUGGGCGCGACUCUGCACAACAUGCCGGCAUCCUUCCACUCAUUGAGAACAUCAAGUUUUGCAAAAUUGCCACGGGAGUUCAAGACAUGCUUGCAAUUUCUCCGUUGCUACGAGCGGAAGAUCGCUGCCACCUCGAUGGACAGCUCGUCAACUGGUACAGUAAUCUGCCUUGGUUGCUAAGAACGACCGACCCCUGCGCAGAGCCUCUGUAUAUUGUCCGCUGCAUCAUGAAGUGGAGAUACCAGAACCUACGCAUGCUUCUUCACCGGCCCGUUCUUCUCAACCUGGCGAGCAGUGGUGCGUCACACGCAGCUGAGCAUGACAUCGCAGCUAUUGAGGCGUGCCGAGAUCUCGCCAAGGCUACGAUCGAGGAUAUAUCUCGCGAGUGGACUCGCAACCAGAUGUCUGGCUGGAAUGCAGUUUGGUUUCUGUACCAAGCGGCAAUGAUACCAUUGGUCAGCAUUUUCUGGCAAUGGGACAGCCCACGUGUGCCGGACUGGCAAAAGCAACUUGACACUGUCUUGGAGCUGCUCGAAGCCAUGGAAGACUGGUCCCUGGCAGCGCGCAGAAGUCGCGAGGUUGUCUGGCGCAUGUACGAAGCUUCGCGGCAGCUAGAGCCGGCGAUGCGGGCCCACAGCCCCCUGCAGAGGCUGGUGACGGAUCAUGGUAUGCUCAUGGGCGACGGAUCGGACUUGCACAUGUCGCCCAUUGGGUUGGAGCCCGAGGGUUUCGGGCUGAUGGGUGCGCUAGAUCCGCAGGGUCUCUGGGACCUGGACGGUAUGCUAUGGGGUAACCAGGAAGAGAUGGAAUAUGCACAAUUCGGCAAUGUUCACGACGGUAUGAUGCAGAUGGACUACGGCAUGCUGGAACCUCACCAUGGAGCCGGCGGCAUAGGCGGCGCGGCUUACUCUUUCGUUCAGUAA